CAAUGGCUGCUGAAAUAUAUAAACAUAAAGCAUAUCCUAGUACCAAAGAGAUAGUCAAGGCUGCUGAGGCUCUGGUGAGCAAACACCCCUGUCUGAAAGAAAAUGGUUCCAAAACGGGGUACGAGGGUUGGAAGAACAGUUUGCACUUCAAAAUGGGCAACUACAGGACAAAACUGAGCAGGGCUGGCAUAAAGGAAGUGGCUAUGAAUGCAGGAAAGCGCAGCAGGUCUAAUCCAGAGGGUGCAGCAUCCAGGGCCAACAUCAAAAGACCCAGAAGAGGGGAAGUCAACUUCCUUCCUAAUUAUCCACUGGGAGAAACUAAGGACACAUUGGAGACCAUGAGGCUUGAGAUGGUGGAGCAGUUCAAGAGGACAUCGAUUGAAAGAGACACGGUUCUCAUCCACCAACUCAUGCAGCGUACCUUUGCACUAAGGCGCGAAGAAAUUGUGAAUUCAGGUCCUCCCAUUGCUGAACUAAAAGACAGAUGGCCUGGACUCUUUUCUGAAGCCCAACUCUACACUGAAUUCCACAGGAUCACCAAUCAAAAUCUGCCACAUUCCUUCUAUGCUGCCCUUGACAAGUACACACCACUGCUGCUAAAGCUCUACAAAAAGAAGAAGACUGGAAGUUUUGCCGAGAAGAUGGAAGAGGUUAUAAUGGCAUAUAAUGUUCAGGACAAGAACAACAUCACUUCAGCUUGA